CCCUGGGUGCGCCCAGAAAAUCCGCGCGCUUUCUCCUGGACGCUCGGCACGCCGCUGCACGGCGCCCCCAGCCCGAGCUGUCCCACCGUGUUCCUCACCGGCCGCCUGUCAGUCAGGGUGAACUUGCUCGCCUUGUUUGUGCUUCGGCGGGUCGGUUUUGACUUACCCCUGUGGUAUGUGGAAGCGCCGACUCCAAUAAACCAUUAACUCUUUCCCGUGUUGGCAGCAGGCUAGGCUGUGCCCGGGACGGCUCCGCCGCUCUUUUAGGGAAAAGCCGGAGCCGCGCUUCCCGGGGGCGACGCACGAGUAGGGUGGCAGCCGCUCCGGGAGCGCCACCAAGCCCCCCACCGGUUGCGCCACAGGGUGCGGGGCGCGGCGGGGACAUAGCUCGGCGGCGGGGACAGUGAUGUCCGCUCGCCGCACGGACUUGCUUGUCACGCCGCUCGCUCUCGUCUCGUCCCCGCUCCUCUCCGCGCAUCCCACUCCGUCCUCUGGCCAGGUUCCCUGCUCCAGCAGCUGGGCUUCGCGCCUUCCUUACCACCGCACCGCACCUCCGCCCGCCACCACCACCCGCAGCUCCUGGGAUGUCGGGAUGUUUGGAGAGAAUCCCAAAGCCAGCCAUCCCUCCCCGCCGUUUGGAUGCCAGCUUGAUUGACUUCCCCUCUUAUCGUGGGUGCCAGCGGGAUAGUGCCCGGAUUAAGUCAAUUCAGGGGCAGGCGAGAGCGUGGUUCAUACGUCCCGGCAGCCGCCAUGAGCAGGGUGAAAACCAGGAACAUCUAAUGGAAGGUGCUCGGGGCGUAGAGGGAGAGUCGGGGGAAAGAAGCAGCAGCGACUCACUGAUGCCACCACCAGUGGCGCCCCCGCUCCCGGAGGCUCCGGGCCCCCUCCCUCCAGCGCCCCCGGAGAGCAGAGUGGGGGCUCACUCCCCAGUGGGCUCGGUUCCAGCGUGGAUCUGUCCCCGCUCUCCCCGCUCACGCUGCCUCCCUCACGCCUCCACUCCCCCUGCUUGUGACCCCGAGCCCGUCAGUGCGAGACUCGGGUGCGGUGUAAAGAAUCGCCAUGGUACGGUGUAA